AUGACCCAAGUGGCAAUGUCUACCCUGCCCGUUGAAGAUGAUGAGUCCUCAGAGACGUUUCUCAUGUCUGCUCUUGAGUCCAUGUGUAAAGAACUGGCCAAGUCUAAGGCAAAAGUGGCCUGCAUUGCAGUGUAUGAAACGGAUGUGUUUGUUGUUGGAACCGAAAGAGGACAUGCUUUUGUCAAUACCAGAAAGGAUUUUCAAAAAGAUUUUGUAAAAUACUGUGUUGAAGAAGAAGAAAAGGCUGCAGAGAUGCGUAAAAUGAAAUCUACAACUCAGGGGAAUCAAAUGAGUGUAGAUGCUGUAGAAAUUGAAACACUCAGAAAAACAGUUGAGGACUAUUUCUGCUUUUGCUAUGGGAAAGCUUUAAGCAAAUCUGAAACAGUUCCCGUAUCAUUUGAGAAGAUGCUACGAGACCAGUUGGCUGUGAUAGUGCAGGGGCUUCCAGAAGGGGUUACCUUUAAACACCCUGAAAAUUAUGAUCUUGCAACCCUGAAACGGAUUUUGGAGAACAAAGCAGGGAUUUCAUUUAUCAAUAAGAGACCCUUCCUAGAGCCAAAGAAGCAUCUAGGUGGUUGCGUGAUGGUAACCGCUGCUGACAGGUCAAUAUUGUCUCCACAUGGAAGUUGUGGCCCCGUCAAAGUGAAAACUGAGCCCACAGAAGAUUCUGGCAUUUCCCUGGAAAUGGCAGCUGUGACAGUAAAGGAAGAGUCAGAAGAUCCUGAUUAUUAUCAAUAUAACAUUCAAGGAAGCCAUCAUUCUUCAGAGGGCAAUGAAGGAACAGAAAUGGAAGUACCAGCAGAAGAUGAUGAUUAUUCUUCACCUUCUAAGAGACCAAAGACCAAUGAGCCGCCACAGCCACCAGUUAUGGAAACUGCCAAUGCUGGAAAGCAAAAAAUGAGAGAGUUCAACUUUGAGAAAUGGAAUGCUCGAAUCACUGAUCUAUGUAAACAAGUCGAAGAAUUGUUUGAAUGAAAAUAUGCUCAAGCUAUAAAAGCCAAAGGCCCGGUGAUGAUCCCAUACCCUCUUUUCCAGUCUCAUGUUGAAGAUCUUUAUGUAGAAGGACUUCCUGAAGGGAUUCCUUUUAGAAGGCCAUCUACUUAUGGC